AUGACCGAUCCACUGCCCAAGCAGGAUGUCGUUAUGGUCGAGAUGGCCAAUGAGGGCGAACAGCAACUCGCAGCCUUGAAUGUUGCCGAGAAAACCGGCAAACUCGACGUGAUCAAUCAGCAGAUGGCCAUUGAAGCAACUCUCUCAGAACACGAUCUAACCCUUGGUCAAGCUCUCAAGAAGUAUCAUAAGGCAGCGCUCUGGUCUAUGCUAGUAUCAAUGUCCAUCAUCAUGAGAGCAUACGAUAUCGAGAUCACAAGCAACUUCUUUGCCCUGCCCGCCUUCAAGAGGCAUAUGGGUGACUAUAUUGAUGGUCACGGUUACGAAGUACCAACCCAAUGGCAGGUUGCUAUGUCAAUGGGCCCAAUUGUUGGACAGGUUGUCGGGGCAUGGGCAGCAGCCAUCCCCAUGGACCGUAUCGGCCGCAAGCGCACACUCGGUAUCUACCUCGUCAUGACAUCGGCCUUGGUCUUCAUGCAGGUCUUCGCUCCAAACCGGAAUGUUCUCACCGCAUCCAUGUACCUCGCAGGUAUCAUCUGGGGCGGCUACCAUGUCAUUGCGCCGACAUAUGCCUCCGAGGUCCUCCCCAUGCGUCUCCGUGGUAUAUUCACCGGCUUUGUAAUGCUGUGCUACACCAUAGGCGCGCUGCUACAAACUGGAAUCACACGGGGCUUCGUCAACUGGACGACGGUAUGGGCUUAUCGAGUCCCGUAUGCUCUCCAGUGGGUGUGGCCGGUCUUUAUUCUCUCGUUCCUGUACUGGGCGCCUGAGUCGCCAUGGUGGCUGAUCCGACAGAAUCGUCUUGCUGACGCAAAGAAGACUCUCGACCGGCUGUCUAGCAAGGAAUCACAUGCUGACAACGAUAAUGUGCUGGCCAUGAUGGUGAAGACAGACCUCUAUGAACAGGAACUGGACAUUGGCGCUACAUACCGGGAUUGUUUCAAGGGUCCAGAUCUUCGUCGAUUGGAGAUUUGCUCGGCACUCUUCAUCAUUCAGAACUUUUCGGGAAAUCAGGCCGCUUUCGCUGUGUAUCUGUUUGAGCAGACUGGUUUGAGCUCGGAAAACGCCUUCAACAUGGGCAUUGGUCUCACCAGUGUUGCGUUUGUUGGAACUCUUCUGUCUGCCGUUCCCACGAUGUACUUUGGCCGACGGCUUGUCUUUCUCAUGGGUCUCAUCUACACCAUUGCUGGGCUCUGGGUCGUCUCACUACUCUGUUUCGCGCCCGAUUACAAAACCAAUACAGCGUACGCAUGGGCACAGGCAACUAUUCUCAUCACCAUGCAGUUUACCUACGCAUUAUCAGUCGGCCCAUUAGCCUAUGUCAUUUCAUCCGAGAUCCCGUCGACCAAGCUGCGUGCCAAAACGUUGUCACUGACUGCCACCUUUAAUGGCAUGACUUACCUUGUCAUUACCAUCGCUGGACCGUACCUGCUCAAUCCUGGUUCAGCCGCGGCUGGUGCCAAGAUCAAUUUUCUGUGGGGUGGCCUCACUAUUUUCUCCUUUAUUUGGAGUUUCUUCCGUCUGCCUGAGGUUCGUGAUGGCCGCUCAUGCCAGAUCGCCCCUCCGUCUGUCUUUCCUUCUUGUUUUCUUUGUAUGGGUUAUGUUUGCGGCUAA